UGUUAGCUGUGGGCUGCUGAAGCUAUAGUCUGGCGAGAGCAGGGGCAGCACGGCUGCUGGACCCUCUGGAGAGGACUAGGGUGUGGAUGUCCGAGGGUUGCCUCAGGCCGCGUGUAAGACUCUGUGGAUGAAGAAAACUAUUUUGAGAGACGUUUUAAAAAGAGCAUUUCGAUUUUACCCGCUUGGCUACGUCUAACCUUGAGCCCGCCUCCGCGUCUGCGGUGUCGCGCCGCCAGCCCCCAGCUGCGGGCGCGCGUUGCUGUUGUCGCUCCAGCGGCCGUUGUGUCGCCGUCCUUUCAGAUUUAGGUACGACAGAGUCCUUUGGCUAAAUGACAGUAUAUAACGUCGACGUCUUUAGCCCUGGGUUAAACGCCAAAGUUCAGCGUGCCGCUGUGUGAAUGUCCUGUGGGUUUUCUUUAUGUUUCAUGAUCAUUUUUGGGGUUCCCUUAUUCUUGGUCGUGUUCUUCCCCCUCCUGCUGCUCCUGCUACCUCAGCCCUCGGGGAGAUGAGCGUUUUGUCCUGAAGUCUUGGGGGCCCCGAAGAAAGUUCUUCCAUUCAGAACUGUGGGGCUGUCUGGUAGGAGAUGAAAGGCUCCGAAGUUAGCCCGGAAGAGACAAAAAGGCUUAGAAUGCCAGCGCGGAGGCUUCGUGAGGUCGUUUCUCCAAAUCAGAAGACCCCUUUGGCUCUGCCGAAAGACGAGCUACCCAGUCUUCCUGCAGCGCUGCCUGCAAAUAAACGUCUUCCCGUUCGAAUGGGGACGAGCGGCGGUGGACCUUUACCUGGUUCAUCAGACAUACUUUCUGCUAGAAAUUAUCACCAGACCACUGCAUCAGAAAGUGAUCUUCCUAAAGAUGCUGCAGUGCAGGAGUUACCUUUGAAUAAAGCAGAAGAUGGUAGCAGAAAAGAAGCAGAUGACAUCCUUAUUUCUCAGUACUCGGUCGGACAGAAAGAUGCUUUAAGAACUAUUUUAAAGCAAAAAGCACAAAGCGUGCCUGUUUUUAAGGAAGUGAAGGUACAUCUUUUAGAAGACACAGGCACAGAGAAGGGAGCUGCGCUUCAGGAGGCCAAAGUUUCCCCCAGUAGCAUUGAUUCCGCCACCACUGUGGCCGCAGCAACCGCCGCCGCCAUUGCCACGGCCGCUCCGCUGAUCAAGGUGCAGAGUGAUUUGGAAGCAAAAGUUAAUUCUGUUACGGAAUUACUUAAUAAAUUACAGGAGACUGAUAAACACUUAAAACGUGUCACAGAGCAACAGACAAACAUUCAGAAUAAACAAGAGAAAUUACACUGUCAUGACCAUGAGAAGCAAAUGAAUGUAUUCAUGGAGCAGCACAUUAGGCACCUGGAAAAAUUACAGCAGCAGCAAAUGGAUAUACAGACCCAUUUUAUUAGUGCUGCGCUCAAGACCCAUUCCUUUCCGCCUGCUGGCACGCCUGCCUCCGGAGCCGCCGAGAAGCAGUCCAGGGAAUUAGGACACCAUCGUCCAGGCAGCAGCACGCUGUCUUCCUAUAACCCAUUUGCUUCCAAACAAGCAACUUUAAGAAAAGUUGAAGUUGCAGAUUUUGAUGAGCAGAAAUCUCCUUUGGAAACACCAUCACCUCGCAGGUUUGCUCCUGUACCUGUUUCAAGGGAUGGCGAAAUAUCAAAGAGGGAAAAUCCCAUAGAAGAAAAAGAAAAUGUGCAAAAGUCAGAUCAUAGAGGAAACAUAAGACUAUUAGAACAAAUUUUGAAUAACAAUGGUUCUUCUACGAGGAAAAGUGAAUCAUCAGACAUAACCUCACUAAGUAGGUCAAAAAUGGGAUGGAAUCCUGAGAGAAGAGGCAGCUUUGAAACUCUGACUUCUCAAAGAUUUCCUUCUCCUGAAGAGCGAGGAACAGCUAAAGAGAGCAUGCAGAAGCAUAAUGAUGUUCUUCAUGAUUGUGGCCAAAAGAAGAAAGAGAUCAGCGGUGUGCUCCAGAAUUCUAGUAAACUUCAAACAACCAAUACAACGAGAUCUGUACUAAAAGAUGCUGAGAAAAUUUUGAGAGGUGUACAAAACAAUAAAAAGGUCCUUGAAGAAAACCUGGAAGCUAUUAUUCGAGCAAAGGAUGGAGCUGCUGUGUAUUCAUUUAUCAAUGCUUUAUCUACUAAUAGAGAGAUGUCAGAGAAAAUUAGGAUCAGAAAGACAGUAGAUGAGUGGAUUAAAGCCAUUUCUGCAGAAAUUCAGGAUGAACUGGCAAGAAAAGAUGAACAAAGGAGAUUUGAUCAGAAGAAUCAAAGGACCAAGAAAGUGCAAAAUAUGAGUAAAGAUAUGAAAGGCAGCAAACAAGACAAGCCAAUAAGUCAAUCUGGAAUUCUAAGAAAACCUCAGAAGCAGGUAGAGGAUUAUCCACUUAUGAGGAGCAUGGCUAUUUCCAGUUUACAGAAAGAGAGAAAAGAAGAUUCUUUAAUUUUAUAUACCUCCAGGGUGGAACAAGAAAUAAUGUCAAGAAUUAUCUCCGGGCACUUUCCAGUCCCCCUGCAGACCAGACCUGCUGCCAGUGUCUCAGUCAGUGAGGCCAGUGAGCCAUCAACCUCUGACAUGGUGGAAGGAGCCUGUGGUGGUGCCCUCCAGCUCUUUGUUGACGCAGGGGUUCCUGUGAGUUCAGACAUGAUCAGGUGUUUGGUGAAUGAUGCUCUUGCUGAGACCAUUGCUGGCAUGCUAGGUGACCGGGAAUCGAAGAAGCCAGCUCCUGUGGCUGCAGCUGUUCCUGGUGAUGCCUCAACAAGUGACUCGCCCUUGCUGACAAGAAUAUGUACUCCAGCAGUUACCCCACAGCCUACUCCUCCUCGCUCGCCUUCAGCACUGCCCGAGGAGCGUGUGCUUGUGAAGACUCCUGAUUCUUCUCCCUGUGGCUCAUAUAAUGAUGCUUUUCCAGUGGAAGAAAUCUCUGCUAAAAAAGAGAAAUCAUUCGGAAAUGCUAUGCCUGCCAUCACACAUGUUAAUACACCUGCAGUUACCCCAGUUGCGACACCUCCUCCAGCGGCAGCUCUUACACCAACUUUGUCGGAGAUUUCCAUUGAUAAGUUGAAGAUAUCAAGCCUGGAGCUUCCCAUGCCGUGGGGGGAUGGAGACCUGCCACUGGAUGAAGAGAACCCUAACUGUCUCCAAGAAGAACUUCCGCACCCAGGAGCACUCAUCAUGUCUGUGGCAAAGGACGAAGAACCUGAGAGUGUGGACUCCCCAGCUCAGCCAGCUCCUGCAGGCCCUGCUCCCUUCACACUGUUGCCUGCGGGCUCCGAGACCCCCGCCUGCUUGCAGAUGCCCAGCUCCAGCUCAUCCACCCUCGAGAGCACUUUGAGCAUCACUGUCACCGACGCGGAGACUCUGGACAGGCCCAUCUCGGAAGGGGAAAUUGUGUUCAGUUGUGGUCAAAGAUUGGCUCCCAAGUUUUUAGGAGAUGGAGAGCUCUAUCUGACAAACCUAAAUGAUAGUUUCUCCAGCACUCUGCAGGAUGCUCUCGAGAUGGAAGAUGAUUCUCCCAGUGAAGGACAAGUAAUUAGGAUACCCCAUAAAGGAUUUCAUACAGAUGUAAUUCUUCCUCUUCUUGCUAAACAGAACCAGCAAUUACUAGUUUCACAGAAAGCAGUUUAUCAGUCAGAGGACUUGGAAAACAGUGUGGGUGAACUUAGUGAAGGACAGAGGCCCAGGCUGACGGCAGCGGCGGAGCGCAUCGUACUGGAACAGUCUCUCGGGGCUCAGCAGUGCACUGCCGCCGCAGGGGCUGGCCUUCAGCAGCGCGACACGGCUUCAGGUGGUGUUUAUGAAGAUUCCUGUGCUAGUCACGGCCCAAUGAGUUUGGGAGAGUUGACGCUUCAGCCAAACUCCAGCGUUGUUCUUCCCACAGCACAGCCGAGGACACAAGGAAGUGAUGUUUGCUUACUGGAACCAGCUAAGGAUUUUUCUUUGAAUGAACAAAGGCAAGACCAGAAUGUUAAACAAGUUGAACACAAGCCAGUACAAAGUCAUUUAAUAUGUGUACGAAAUAUAUCUGACAUUUCACUUUCACGAGCUUCACCAGGUGAUACGGAUCCGACACAGAUUGAACCCAGUCUGUACCGUGCCCCUGUAUUUACAGGUGGCGAGACAGUGCCCUGCGUCGGUUCACAACCAUCCCCUGCCAGAAUGUGCGUGACACUGCCCACAGUGAACCUGGAGGACUGCUCCCCAAACCUGAGCGUCAGCACCAUCCAGGAGGACGUGGGGUCUUCAGGAACAGACACCUUCUGAGCCAACAAGAGGCAGCAGUGCACAUUGGGACUUUACCGUGGUUGGAACCAUCUCACAGACUAUUUUGGUCUCUGAGCAUAUUCUGG